AUGACUGUCCCUGAUUCUUUAGUAGCAAGAGUGUAUAAGGCUCGCUACUUCCCCAAAACCUCUUUCUAUGAGGCAACUUUGGGUAAUUGUCCAAGUUAUUGCUGGCUCAGUAUAAUGGAAGCACAUGGCUUGGUGUGUGGUGGGGUAAGAAAGAGAAUAGGUAAUGGUAAGACUACAUUGAUUUGGGGAUCUGAUGAACCAAGUCCAUUGAUUCAAACUGCUAUGGUUAAUGAAUUAAAUGGCUCAUUGGUUUCAGGUUUGAUUGAUCAAGAAACGAAUACUUGGGAUCCACAUAUUCUAUCUGAUAUUUUUUAUUCUCAGGAUGUGACUCGUAUAUCUAGGAUCUCAAUCAAUCCUGAUUAUGAUGAUUCUUGGUUUUGGUAUAAAGACACAAGGGGUUGUUAUUCAGUUAAAAGUGGGUACAUGCACAUUAUUGGUAAUUAUGAGGACGCCCCAGGAGGCUUUGGUAGAUGGAUUUCAGUGUGGGAACUUCACGUUCCUCCCAAGUGGAAGACUUUCUUUUGGAGAGCUCUUAAUGAUAUCCUCCACACCACUAUAAACUUGAUUAUAAAGAGAGUAGAGGUGGAUCCAGCAUGCCCAAAGUGUGGUCUAGCUAAUGAGAAUGUCAUGCAUGCUUUGGUUUUGUGUGAAUACUCUAAACAUGUGUGGCAUGAGUCUUCCAUCUCCAUCACAAAUUAUGCAUUUUUAUACCAAAUUUGGCGGACCAAGAACCAAUCGGUGUGGGAGCUCUCCAUGCCGUCGCCGAGUGCAGUGUCGAGGAGGGCAUCCACGUCGCUGCUAAGCUGGAGGCAGGUGCACUCUCAUCCCCAGCAAAUGCCACAGACCACCGUGACGCCUGCUUCUUCAACCCGCCCAAAGUGCUUCAUCGAUGCGGGAUUCAAGCCGGCAACGGGGAAAACUUCCUUCAGCGCGGUGCUACUGUCUCAUGAUGGUGCGUUCUUGGCGGCAUGCAAUGGUUUACUUGCGGACUGUUUCUUGCCCCUGAUGGCGGAGUCCCUAGCUUGCAAGGAAGUGCUAUAUCCUAGCUCAAGGAUCGGGGUGUGCUGGCUGUAG